AUGAGCUCCAACAAGAAGAGUAGCCUCACAGGCUACCUACCAGACAUCCUUAUGGCUGCCGCCGCCCCGUUAAUAGCCUACUUCGUCAUCCGAAACCUCCUCGCUCGGCUCGAUCCAGAAGCUCAACAGAAGGAAGAAGCAAAGCGCAAAGCAUCUGCCGCGAACCGCAAGCUCGGCGCGAUCCUCUCGAACAAAGCACGCGAUGGGUACGACAGCGACAGCGACGAGGAGUAUGAGCGGAGAAGGAGAGGCGAUAGGCCGAGGAUAGAAGAUCUCAAUUUGACGGCGUAUGAGCAGACGAUUGCGAUGGAGGUUGUCGCGCCCGAGGAGAUUCCCGUGUCGUUUGACGACAUCGGUGGUCUCGACCCCAUAAUCGAAGAGCUCAAAGAAUCCGUCAUCUACCCUCUCACCCUCCCGCACCUCUACUCACACUCCUCAUCCCUUCUGUCCGCGCCCUCAGGUGUCCUCCUCUACGGUCCCCCCGGCUGCGGCAAGACCAUGCUCGCCAAAGCCCUCGCCCAUGAAUCCGGCGCCUGCUUCAUAAACCUGCACAUCAGUACCAUAACCGAGAAGUGGUACGGCGACUCUAACAAGCUCGUGUCUGCCGUCUUCUCUCUCGCACGAAAGUUGCAACCCUCGAUCGUCUUCAUUGACGAAAUCGACGCUGUUCUCGGGCAGAGGCGGAGCGGCGAGCAUGAAGCCUCGGGCAUGGUCAAAGCAGAGUUCAUGACACAGUGGGACGGCCUCACCAGCGCCACACGCUCCGGCAGCGGCGAUCCCCAACGCAUAUGCAUUCUCGGCGCCACAAACCGCAUCCAGGAUAUCGACGAAGCCAUCCUGCGUCGCAUGCCCAAAAAGUUCCCCGUCGCGCUACCCAACGCGUCCCAGCGCCACAAAAUCUUUAACCUCAUCCUGCGCGGCACGCAAAUCGAUGCCCCCAACUUCGACCUCGACUACGUCGUGCGCGUCUCUGCGGGCAUGUCCGGCUCUGACAUCAAAGAAGCGUGUCGCGACGCGGCCAUGGGUCCCGUGCGCGAGUACAUCCGCAAGAUGAAGGCUCAAGGGCGGUUACGACAAGGCGUCAACCCGGGAGAUGUCCGGGGUCUACGCACGGAGGACUUUUUCGGGAGGGGGAGGGGGCUGAGGGAAGUAGAUGAGCUGGAUGAUGUUGCAGAUGAAGUUGUUAAUGUGAAGGAGCGUGGAAGGAGAAUACAUAUGACUGAGGAGAGCGAUGCGACAAGUAGCUCGGGGACGGAAAGCGGGGAGGAGAGGUUUAGGGACAGUGCGUACCAUGAUGCUGAGGGUGUGCGUGUGCGGUAG